UAUUUUCUCGCUGGUUCGCGAGAACUCAAUCUUGUUUGAGUGCACCUGCGUCCAGUAUCCGAUAAAGUCGGGCUGUCCUGGCGCACCAAAAACAAUCGACGCUAUCUGAACUGCAGCCGAAGUGGCCGGAAGACUCGUCGGCCCUGGCUGUUCACUCUUCAAUUCGCACCAAAUCGCCGACAGCUCGUUCAUCGCAGACAUGGCCAUCGAAGAAGAGAGCUCUCUUGAUCUCACCCCGACCUUCGGGCUCAAUGCACUAGCCGCAUUAGCCACAGUUCUUGGCGGUUGCGUGAUCUUCAGUAACAAACUACUGCAGCUCGCCAGUCCAAUGUUCAUGGCAGUACUACUCAGUAUUUCCGCCGGUAUCACUCUCUUCCAGGCACUCGUGGUGCUGUUCGCGAAUGCGUAUAAGGAGUUCAACGACGCCUUCACCCUUAACGAAAGUGAGCACGAUUCGAGUGAAGAUGACGACGCUCAGGGCAACGCGUGGCUGGCGGCCACUGGGUGUUUCGGUGGCGGUAUCCUCAUUAGCUAUAUCAUCGACUUCAUCGUACAGAAGCUCACGCCGGGCCAGAACAUGAACGGCACAGCCCGGAUGCAACCCGAGCGCAUGUCCUUUGAAGAAGGCACGUACGAAGUCAAGCCACCCGUGGAGCUAGUCCAGAAUCAAGGCAGCGACGUGUUUAUCAAGAUGGACGAGGCAGCCAAGGAGAAGCUGCAACGCAUGGGCAUCCUCAGUGCCAUCGCUGUGGGAGUUCACAACAUCCCGGAGGGCAUCGCCACGUUCGUGGCAUCCUCUGAGCAUGCGUGGAUCGGUCUGUCGCUGGCGAUCGGUGUGGCUCUGCACAAUAUCGCGGAGGGCAUUGCCGUCGCUACCCCGAUCUAUUUUGCGACGGGUAGCAUUUGUCGCGGUUUGCUCUGGUGUUUCUUGUCGGCCGUCGCACAACACAUCGGUGGCCUCAUCGCGUUCGUGUCGCUGGGCAUGGAUGCUGACAAUGAGACGCAGGGCGUACUCUACGGCCUGUGUGCUGGUAUGCUCUGCGGUAUCUGCAUGAAGGAGAUUGUCCCGACCGCGUACAUGUACGCAAACGGCAGGAUGCACCUCGUAUCUGCUGGCACGCUGGGUGGCAUGUUUCUUAUGUCCUCUGGGCUUAUUUUCUUUAAGUACAUUGGCGUGUAAGUGCUCUCGGCUUCUUGAACGAGCCUUUUUAGUAAACUGGUUAGCUUGUGAGUAUGAAAUGAGAUCUGACAGUGUACACUGUUCAUUUUUUGGGUUCCAAUCAUUUUUUUCCCAUCUAUUUUGCAA